GGUAGUGCAUUAGCUAAGGUUAGUGGUGUGCACCGUUUAAUGCGUUAUCUUGCACACAUUGGAUUCUUUGACAUAGUAAGAAUUAUCCAAGAAAAUCAAGAAGAAAAGGAAGCAUAUGCUCUUACUUGUGUCUCAAAGCUCCUUGUUAGAGGUAGUGAUCAUUGUUUAGCUCCAAUGGUUGACCUUGUUCUUGACCCAACUAUCUCAAGUUCAUACCAUCAACUUGGGAAGUGGGUUCAUGAUGAGGGGAAUCAAACACCAUUUGCCAUGGCAUUGGGUACAGAUAUUUGGGACUUUCUUAACAAAAACCCUACACAUAUGAAAUACUUCAAUGAUGCAACUGCUAGUGACUCUCAAAUCAUAAACUUGGCGUUGAGAGAUCAUGGUGUUGUCUUUGAAGGAUUGGAAUCAAUUGUAGAUGUUGCUGGAGGAACUGGAAUGGUAGCCAAGUAUAUCUCUCAGAAUUUUUCACAUUUGAAAUGCAUAGUUUUUGAUCUUCCACAGGUUGUGAAAAAUCUUAAAGGAACCAACAAUUUGAGUUAUGUUGGUGGAGACAUGUUUCAAUCUAUCCCUAAAGCUGAUGCAGUUCUACUUAAGUGGAUUUUACAUGAUUGGGAUGAUGAUAAUUGCAUGAAGAUAUUGAAAAAAUGCAAAGAUGCUGUUUCUUCAAGUAAUAAUAAAAGAGGAAAAAUAAUUAUUAUAGAUAUCGUGAUAGAUGAUGAAAAAAAGGAUCAGCCUGAAAUUACUCAAGCAAAGCUUCAAUUGGAUUUAGUGGUGACAGCAUAUUAUAAUGGAAAAGAAAGAACCAAAGAAGAAUGGAAGAAACUCUUCAUGGAAACAGAUUGUCAAGACUAUAAAAUUUCACCUUUAACCGGACAUAUGUCUCUUAUUGAGAUAUAUAUUUAAACACUAAAGUAAUGGUUAAAUGAAAUAAAUAAAGUUGUAAUGUCUUGAUGAAUAGUUUUAUAUAUAAUAUAUUGGACUAUGCUACGUGUACACUAAA